AUGGACGGACAUCUGCUGAUGGAGGUGGGGGAAGAAGACCGCAAAUCUAGGGCGGAUCUCCUUGCAUCUAAACUUAGAGAGGCUCUUUCUGGGAGCGGCAAGAAGGCUCGCCCAUCCCGAAACGUGGAAGUCCUUGUUUCGGGAUUGGACAAAUUUAGCACCGAGGACGAAUUGCGCGAAAAAUUUUUGCGGGAGUUUGGUGACGGAAAAGAUGCAAGGAUAGUAUCCCUGCGUCGCUCCCCGUCUAAGGAUGGAACCGCUUUGGUUUGCUGUUCAGAGGCGGCGGCCAAGGCGGUUAAAGAGGGCAAGCUACCGAUAGGGUGGAUAGCGAGAGUACGUGCACUUUGUCCCCGCUCCUUGCAGUGCUACAGGUGUUUUCAACCAAGGCACUGCAGGGCUCAGUGCUCUAGCCAGGUCAACCGCAGCGAUUAG